AUCGGUCGUGUUUGACGUCUUCUAACCUCCAAACCUAUUUCUGUUUGAAUUUCCUACCCGCGCAGACAUGUAUUUUGCGUCGAAUGCACGUAAAUAACUCGUCAAACCUCACAAUCGUGAAUAAAACAUCGAUUUAACACGUGUACUGUGGACAUUUCAGUGAUAAUUCAGUGGUUUUCAACCGCCCGUUCCAGUGCGAAAGUUUCUUUUUUAAUUUAUUGAGCACAAUGUCGCGCGACCGUACCUCCAGGCGGUUCUACCGCUCAGAUUCCACUCAUGAUCUGCUCUCCUUCAUGGACCGAGGGCAGGCGGCCAGCGAUGAGAACAGAUGGACUUUUGAAACGGCUUGGGAGGCUGCUAACAAAGUUGGUGGAAUCUAUACGGUGAUCAGAUCGAAGGCCUAUGUGUCCACUGAAGAGAUGGGGGACAAUUAUUGCCUCCUUGGUCCAUACAAGGAGCAACAUGCCCGUACAGAGGUUGAGGAGGCAGACUUCCCUCCGAACUCACCGCUUACAACCGCCGUGAAUGCCAUGAGGAGCAAGGGGUACAAGCUCCACACUGGAACUUGGCUUGUAGAUGGCAACCCUCAAAUCAUUCUCUUCGACAUUGGCUCAGGCGCGUGGCAACUGGACGGGUUCAAGCAGGAACUAUGGGAUACAACCUCUGUUGGCAUCCCACAUUUGGACAUUGAAGCGAACGACGCGGUCAUACUUGGGUUUAUGGUGGCGCAGUUCAUCACUGAAUUCCGCAAAGCGGCGGAGGACUACAGCGAUACUCCUCCAAGGGUAGUGGCUCAUUUCCACGAGUGGCAGGCCGGCAUCGGACUUAUUAUGCUCAGAGUCCGCCAUGUAGAUGUCGCUACGGUCUUCACGACGCACGCCACUCUAUUGGGAAGAUACCUGUGUGCUGGCAACACAGACUUUUACAACAAUUUAGAUAAGUUCUCAGUGGAUGAGGAAGCGGGAAAGAGACAGAUAUACCACCGGUACUGCAUGGAGCGAGCGGCUGCCCAUAUGACGCACAUAUUUACCACCGUUUCUGAUAUUACUGGUUACGAAGCAGAGCACCUUCUAAAGAGGAAACCAGACAUAAUCACACCAAACGGACUGAAUGUUAAGAAGUUCUCGGCGCUACACGAAUUCCAGAAUUUGCACGCUUUGGCCAAAGAAAAGAUCAAUGAGUUCACUAGAGGACACUUUUACGGAAAAACGUCAUCCGGCUCGGAGAUGACAGUGGUAGCGUUCCUGAUCUUCCCCGCCAAGACGAACAACUUCAACGUGGAGAGUCUGAGAGGCCACGCGGUCACCAAGUCGCUUAGGGACACCAUACACGACAUACAGCAGAAGAAUCUACCAAAUGAGAUGACAGUGGUAGCGUUCCUGAUCUUCCCCGCCAAGACGAACAACUUCAACGUGGAGAGUCUGAGAGGCCACGCGGUCACCAAGUCGCUUAGGGACACCAUACACGACAUACAGCAGAAGAAUCUACCAAAUGAGAUGACAGUGGUAGCGUUCCUGAUCUUCCCCGCCAAGACGAACAACUUCAACGUGGAGAGUCUGAGAGGCCACGCGGUCACCAAGUCGCUUAGGGACACCAUACACGACAUACAGCAGAAGAAUCUACCAAAUGAGAUGACAGUGGUAGCGUUCCUGAUCUUCCCCGCCAAGACGAACAACUUCAACGUGGAGAGUCUGAGAGGCCACGCGGUCACCAAGUCGCUUAGGGACACCAUACACGACAUACAGCAUAUUGUCGCAAAAAACUACCAAAACUACCAUAAUCUACCAAAUGAGAUGACAGUGGUAGCGUUCCUGAUCUUCCCCGCCAAGACGAACAACUUCAACGUGGAGAGUCUGAGAGGCCACGCGGUCACCAAGUCGCUUAGGGACACCAUACACGACAUACAGCAGAAGAAUCUACCAAAUGAGAUGACAGUGGUAGCGUUCCUGAUCUUCCCCGCCAAGACGAACAACUUCAACGUGGAGAGUCUGAGAGGCCACGCGGUCACCAAGUCGCUUAGGGACACCAUACACGACAUACAGCAGAAGAAUCUACCAAAUGAGAUGACAGUGGUAGCGUUCCUGAUCUUCCCCGCCAAGACGAACAACUUCAACGUGGAGAGUCUGAGAGGCCACGCGGUCACCAAGUCGCUUAGGGACACCAUACACGACAUACAGCAGAAGAAUCUACCAAAUGAGAUGACAGUGGUAGCGUUCCUGAUCUUCCCCGCCAAGACGAACAACUUCAACGUGGAGAGUCUGAGAGGCCACGCGGUCACCAAGUCGCUUAGGGACACCAUACACGACAUACAGCAGAAGAAUCUACCAAAUGAGAUGACAGUGGUAGCGUUCCUGAUCUUCCCCGCCAAGACGAACAACUUCAACGUGGAGAGUCUGAGAGGCCACGCGGUCACCAAGUCGCUUAGGGACACCAUACACGACAUACAGCAGAAGGUCGGCGCGAGGAUGUAUGACAUCUGCCUGAGAGGCCACUUGCCCGAGGCUUCAGACUUACUCCACAAGGACGAUACAGUCCGCCUCAAGCGUUGUAUCUACGCGCUACAAAGAGAUGGGUUGCCGCCGGUCACCACGCAUAACAUUGUGGACGAUUGGAGCGACCCAGUAUUGAAUGGCGUCAGAAGAUGCCAACUAUUCAACACAGUUAACGAUAAUGUGAAGGUAAUCUUCCACCCCGAGUUCCUAACCUCCACCAACCCGCUCUUCGGGCUGGACUACGAGGAGUUCGUCCGCGGCUGCCAUCUUGGAGUCUUCCCUUCGUACUACGAGCCAUGGGGCUACACGCCCGCAGAAUGCACGGUCAUGGGAAUACCUAGUGUUACCACUAACUUAUCGGGUUUCGGCUGCUUCAUGCAGGAACACAUAGCGGAUCCCAUGUCUUACGGUAUAUACGUGGUGGACCGCCGUUACAUAUCGUUGGAGGGCUCUGUUCAACAACUGGCCCAGUAUAUGUUCGAUUUUACCAAGUUAACGAGAAGGCAGCGUAUUAUUCAAAGAAACAGAACCGAGAGGUUGUCAGACCUCAUGGACUGGAGGAAUCUUGGGAUUUACUACAGGCAAGCCAGAGCGCAAGCGUUGAAGAUAGUAUACCCAGACUACGUAGACCAUAUGGACAUACAACUGGGCAAGAGAUUCAACUACCCCCGGCCCAUAUCUGAGCCGCCAAGCCCUACGCACUCUAGAGCGACCACACCGGCAGCGUCAGUCCACGGCUCGGAUGACGAAGACGAAGUUGAUGAGGAGAAGGAACUCGCCGAAUUGAGGAUCGCUGACUAAAACCAUAGACUAUACCGGUACGUUGUCUUUAUCUAUGAACAUCCUUUAUAGGUUUUUUUGGAGAAAGCUGGCACGAUUUACAAAUUGAAGUGUGAAUAAGGAGUUGUUAUAAAAAACCAUAAACUAUAAACCUGUAAGUUGUCUAUGAUUAUUCCUUAAAUAAUGUUUUGUUAGAAAUCAUUGAGGAGUUGUUAUGAAAACUUUAAAAACCAUAAAAUGUAAAUGUUAUCUUUGAACAUACCUUGUAUUUUGUCCCAAACGAUUUGGCACGAGUAUCACAAAUAAUAGAAUGGCAGCUGUCAUUGUGACAGAUCUGUCUUGUACUCUAGAUAUUUUUGAAGCUGUUUGUAAGAAAUAAAAUUGUUUUUGGCAAACGUGGAAACACUAUAGCCAUAGAGGAGAA